CCCCCAUGCAUCACAAAAAUAUCAAAGCUGGCUUCUUCUCUGAGCUUAACUUGUGCAGCAACACCAAAUUUGGUGUGUUAGCUCAUCUCUUCCAUUUCCUCACACAAUCCCACAAAAUAUCCCAUUUCUCUCUCCCUUUUCACUCUUCUGCUCCAUGGAAUUGCCGGUGACAAUGCCGGUUUCUGGUGGCCAGAGAACAACACCAUACAGAAUUGAAACAAGAAAUCUGGGAUACAAAUUAUGUACCCAAUUUGAUGAAAUGAAGUUUGUGUGUUGUGCUACUUCAAGGAGGGUUCCAAGUUUCAUUUUGAAGGAUGUAAACUGUGAAGCAAGGCCUGUAGAGAUCACUGCAAUUGCUGGUCCUAGUGGGGCUGGAAAAACCACACUGCUAGAGAUUCUUGCUGGGAAGAUAUCUCCAAAGAAAGUUUGUGGUCAAGUGCUGGUUAAUGAUCAGCCUAUGGACACCAAACGUUUUCGGAGAAUAUCGGGAUAUGUCACACAAGAUGAUGCCCUAUUCCCAUUACUUACAGUUGAAGAAACACUCAUGUUUAGUGCUCUGCUAAGGCUUCAUGGUGGGAAAAAAGAGGCUGCAUCUAAAGUGAGACAGCUGAUGAAGGACCUUGGGUUGGAGCAUGUUGCAGCUUCAAGAAUUGGUUGGGGAUCCAACAAUGGCAUUUCGGGUGGGGAAAGGCGCAGAGUUUCAAUUGGAGUUGAUUUAGUUCACGAUCCAGGUGUGAUUUUGAUUGACGAACCAACUUCAGGGCUGGAUUCUGCCUCAGCUUUCCACGUAGUGUCCUUGCUCAAAACUAUGGUUGUCAAUCAAGGCAAGACUAUUAUUCUGACCAUCCACCAACCUGGUUUUCGAAUCCUCGAGAUAUUCGACCGCAUUAUUCUGCUUUCCAAUGGCACUGUCAUGCAUAAUGGAUCAUUGCAUCUUCUCCAACAAAGGCUCAAUUCUGCUGGCCAUUGCAUCCCCAACCAUGUUAAUCUGCUUGAAUUCGCCAUUGAUGUUAUUGGCAGCUUGGAUGGUACACCAACUUCAGAAGCCUUGAACAUCCAUCCUUUUCCUUUGCAAGAAAGGCUUGUAUGCUCUCACAAUUUGGAAGGAAAGCUUCUAGUCUACCCAAAUUCUCGACUCGAGGAAGUUGUUAUACUAGGACAAAGAUUUUGCAGCAACAUAUUUAGAACCAAGCAACUGUUUGUCACAAGAGUCAUACAAGCCUUGGUAGCUGGGUUGGUACUUGGGACCAUUUUCUUAAAUGUUGGCAGGGAAAAAGGGAGCAUUGCCUUACAAACCCAAACUGGUUUUUUUGCCUUCAGCCUCACUUUCUUGCUAUCUUCCACAACAGAAGGCUUACCAAUUUUCUUACAAGAGAGAAGAAUUCUAAUGACUGAGACUUCCAAAGGAGCUUAUAGAGUUUCCUCCUAUGUUAUAGCAAACACCCUCAUAUUUCUUCCUUUUCUUUUCAUGGUUGGUCUUCUAUAUUCCACUCCAGUUUACUGGUUGGUUGGAUUAAGGAGGAACAUUGAUGGAUUUAUCUACUUCUCUCUGGUAGUCUGGAUGGUUCUUCUGAUGUCCAAUUCUGUUGUGGCUUCACAAUAG